AUGUCCAACGGCGUGCGCAAUCUGCGCGCCAUGUUCGAAAACUCCAACGCCGCUGCCUCACCCGAGCCCCGCGGUCGCUCCCCAGUAGACCAUUCCGCCCCAGGAGACAACGACGACCGCCCCAGAUCAAAGGUGCGCGCCUCUUUUGUCCCCGUCGAGCCCUCGCUCCCUCCUACGAGCGCCUACACGCCCACCGACCUCGGCCAGACAAAGGGCACACCGUCCAACAGCACCGUUGCACACCGCCGCGAGAGCUUCAGCAUCAGCGAGGACAGGCCCGAGGAGCUCGCUGAUCUCAAGAAGAUUGUCAGCGACGAGAAGGAAGAGCGCGCCAAGAGCCUGGCUAUCCCUGAGGCUGUUCCCGAGCAGGCCGUAGCAUCAAGAGAGUCCUCGCUAUCGGCUCCUCUUGACCGAAAGGCAGAAGAAAAAGAAUCUACCGACAUGCCUAAGGCCUCCGACCUCGCAGAAGCUUCUGAGCCCCAGGUUGAGCAGACACCAUCCCAACCCGAAGAAAAAGCCGUCGACGACGCCGAAAUCUCCCCAAUGCCAUCCCCACAACAGAUUCCCGCUCAGCCUGCCGAAAAUCCGGAUAAGCCUACUACGGGCGCCCAGGAAGAUCUCGCGCUGAGGCCGGCAGCCCCCACGGAUGAAGCUGCGGUGGAACACGACACACCUGCCCAAGAUGAAGCUGCGGUUGAGGAAAGCAUUCCUCCCGCCGAGGAAGCUGCCAUUGAGGAAGCCGCCGUCAAAGAGGAGGCAGCUCCCGCCGAAACCUCAGACAAGACUGAGACUGCAUCUUCCGCGGAUGUGCCCACUAUCACCGAGGAGGCGGCUCCUGCGUCUGAAGAGACUCCAGCAGCGGAGACUUCCAAGCCUGCUGACAGCAAGACAAAGACCAAUGGAACUCCUGCAGCUAAGAAGCUAGACGUCAAGAAGCCUUCGGCAAUCUCUACUACUAAGGCCUCCAAGGCGCUACCCGCAUCCGCAAAGAGCCCUCUUCCAAAGAGCCCUCUUCCAAAGGCAGCACCAAAGACUCCCCCGAAGACCAAGUCGGCUACACCAGCGCCCAAGCCCAGUCCAGCACCCAAGGCGUCCAAGCCGGCAGCCCCUAAGGAGGCCGCUAAGGCCCCUGCUACAAAGGCUCCUGCUCCUGCUACAAAGGCCCCGGCUGCUAAGGCCCCUACAACCAAGACGAGCCGCUCUUCCCUACGUCCAGCAGCAUCCUCCGCUACUGCACCCACUGCCAGCGCUGCAUCCAAGGCCAAACCAGCAGCACCAUCUACAGAAACUAAGAAGCCUGCCGCUUCCAAGCCCGCCCCUGCUGCUCUCCGCAAAAGUGUCUCGCCAACCGGCUUCAAGAAGCCAGCUCCCAAAUCGCCCACACGCCCAGUCGGUCUGCCUUCACGUUUGACCGCACCUACUGCGGCCUCAGCUGCGAAGCAUGGCGAGGAACCCAAGGUUGCAAAGAAACCUGCCACUACUACUACACGCGCUCCACCCAAGCCCGCCACCGCCACCAAGGCCCCACGACCUUCAGUUGGACCCAGUGCACCGAAGCGACCGGAGUCCCGCACCUCGACCACAAGCACCGCACCCAAGGGCGGUUUCCUUGAGCGCAUGAUGCGCCCAACCGCAGCCAGCUCCAGCAAGACGCAUGAGAAGCCUGCUUCUCCACCACACAAAGCCCCCGCCGCCUCAAAGCCUAGCACGCUACAAAAAGGAAAGAAGAAGGCAGAGGAAGUUGCUUCCAAGGUUGAGGAUGUCGCAUCCAAGGCCAAGGCAGCCGUCACCAACGGUCAUAGUGAUGAGGAGCAUAAGGAGGAACACAAGGCGGAGGAAGAAGCCCCAAAGGAGUCUGAGCCUACUGAACAGGCAGCUGAAGAAGUUCCUGCUGAUGAGGCGUCGCACGAGCCGGCAAAGGCACCUAGUCCAGUGCCAGAGGCGGAGGCUCCCGCCGCAGAGCUGGAUGCGCCAAAGCCGGAAGGCGAGGCAGUACGGUAGAUGAGAGUGAAUAGGCCUCUUGUCAUUGGGUAGGUUUGACGACAGGGUUUCGCAUUCCUGUAAUGUCUACAGAACCGAUUCGCGAAGUCGGUAGGCUGUUGGUAAAACUCUUGUUCAAUGGCGCCAUGUUUGUUUAUUUUUAUACCUUCACUUCUCCAAUAGCAUUUUCUGGAGCGAUUGUUUGGCGCAAAUCAUAGUCUUGGGGGAUACCUUGGGAUAUGGGUGGGGUGAGGGAUGGAUGGAAUUGGAUACAGAUCAUUGCGUAUAUAGUUGCCCUUUAAAGCUAUAGGUCUCGCAGACGUUGCUAGACAUUUCUUGUAUAUCGUAAUCCAUUCUUCACUCGGAA